GCAGCUUGCACCGAUCGUAGGCAGGAGUGCUGGUAAAAUGUCGGAGAAAACCGAGAAGAAUGGGCAGAUUACUGUCACGGUCACUUCUCCAGAGAACGAGGAACGCUCCGCAGAUGUUUCAGUUCAAGAUGUGGAAGAGAGCGAUAGCGCGGCACCCCAGAAAGUUGAAGUUGAAGAGAUAAGGAAAGGCUGGGGAAAUAAAAUGGAGUAUAUUCUCGCAACGAUUGGGUUUGCUGUUGGUCUCGGAAAUGUGUGGCGAUUUCCAUACUUGUGCCAGAAAAAUGGAGGAGGUAUGUGAAUGGUUUUCUGUUGGCCUGUUUGAAUUGGUUUUGGACCCUGGCUAGCGACCUUGUGUCGCCACGCCGCGCCGUGUCAUUUGAUCAAACAGGUUCCUAUCUCACCUUAAUUUUCAGAUUGUGUAUGUGUUAGAAACGUUCACUGCCAGUUUUUAUUGCAAUUGUUGUCUACUACCCACUGGAUUUUAGUUACAAGUAGUUGAAACUGAGCCUAAGCACAAUAUGUACCGUGCAAGCAAAGUUAGGAAAGCAGUAAUGUCCUGAAUUACUAAAAGGUUACCAGUAGUUAAAGGUCGACUACCCCCCGCCAUGAUUUGACCAGUGCUUUUCUGUUUUCGUACGUCGCUGUGGCAGCAGCAUUGCGGUUGUCAGGAGCACAUAUUAAUGAAAAAAAUAUAUGAAUUGCGGCUGGAUCUUGUCAACAAAAAAGGUAUAAGAAAAUUGAUUAAGAUAUAGCUAGGUAUUGCCGCAUGUUUCAAGUGUAUUUAUUUUUAAAAAAAUAGCCAAAAUUGGUCUUAAAUUAACGUACAUAACAGCGAAGACUGGGAAAACGUACAGUGUGAUGCCCUUGAAAGCACUUUCAUUCAAUUUAAUUUUUCCUAAAGUGUUUUUGUUGUUUACUUUUUUGGAGGCCACCUUUUGCGAGUAAAUAAAGUUUGCCUUCUGAUCUCGGCAUGGUGAUUAUUAUACUGUCCAGCUGUUCCGAUUUCUCGGCCGUUCUCAAGAAUUCAUCGAUGGUGUCGAGAAUCCCAUGGGCAGUAAUUCGUAAAAACUCCCGGUACGCUUCGAUCUUUUCGCGGUUUAUUUGCGCUUCACACUUGCGACUUUCUUUGUCGUUUAAGCAACAAAAAUUAGCAAUGCAAAUUUUUGAAAGUGUUUAAAAUUUAACAACAAACGCCAUUUUUAAACACGAUGUUAGUUAUUUAAUAUCUCAUAUCCCCUGUUUGGAUUUGUGCAAUCUACUCAAAAGACGCCGUCCACACGCCAUUUUGAAAACGCUUUUUUUCCCCGCAUGAUCACACACGUAUCGUUCAGCCCGUCCACGCACGUCGUCCACGCGUAUCCAUUUCUUCAUCGUCUGACUCAAAAUGUUUCACUGUUAAGUCUUCUAUCGCUUCGAUUUCCGAAACCAGGAUACCGGGGAUAAUAUAAGAAAGCUUUUUGGCAUAGAUAAGGGUGCAGAAAAACGCUCUGGAAAUACCCGGGAAUAAACUCCGAACAAAAACAAAGCAAAACUGUUUAAAGUUGCGCGCGUUUGUCUUCUGCACUCCAUGUUUCUUUCUUUCUGUGUCUCUGUCUCUCUCUUUUCUUUUCUCAUCUCGCCCAGCCAUGCUGUCUGGUGUUCUUGACCAGAGAUCAAAGCUGCUUAUCUGAGAGCGAAUAGCAAGGUUUGAUGUAAUGAAAAAAGUGAACUUUAUUUGGAGAACUCGAACCCUUUAUAGCCUGUUCCAAGCGUUCAGAUAGUGGAGAGCGGUGCGAAGUAAAGAAAGCGAUGAAAAGUAGAGGCCGGGGACUGGGGAGAGAGGUCGCGCUCCUUUUUACUUCGCACCGCUCUCCACUAUCUGAACGCCUGGAACAGGCUAAACCCUUUACGUUUCUCGUUCCCCACCCCCACCCCUAGCUAGCGCAGCUUGACAUUAACACCUUCAAUGAACUCGCGCCUUUCUCGAAUAAAAUAGGAGAAAACAGAGAUAUUCUGGACUUUGAGACUAUUUGUGCUUAUUAAAUCAAUGAGAAGUGAAGCAGUUUGUAUUUUUCAUUACUUUUCAGGCGCAUUUUUGAUCCCCUAUCUUAUUAGCUUAGUGUUACUUGGCAUACCACUCUUUUUCAUGGAGCUCGCCGUUGGUCAGAGUUUGCGCAAGGGAUCGGUGGGUGUGUGGAACGUUAUUCACCCGUACCUGGGUGGGGUGGGGUACGGCUCCGUCAUGAUAUCCUUGCUGGUGUGCGUUUAUUACAACAUGAUCAUCGCCUGGUGUUUCUACUACUUGUUCAUGUCUUUCCAAGAUCCACUGCCUUAUUCCGUGUGCCCUAAGGUAGAAAAUGACACGAUUGUGGAGGAAUGUAGGCUGGCUGGUCGCACCCAGUACUACUGGUAUAGGUAAGAAGAUUGUCUCAUAGUGCUUUGCACUAACCACGGCAAUAAAGAGCCUCUGAAUACGACCAGAGGGUUCCGAAGACCAUGCGAUACUGUUUGAGCCCUGAUGAGGGUAGCCUGCGUAGCAAGAGUUUCCAAUCGAGUUAUUGUGGGAAAGUUGGAGCAAGAACAAAAGAAAUGGAUUCUUUCAUGCUCUGGUUCCAAUUUUCUCGCCCAAUUCCCGCAGGACCGCUUGCUACGGAGGUUAGGAAAAGGCUAGCAAAGCAGCUUUCCAAGGCUUCUACUACCCGAGUGAUAUGGCUGUGUGCGUGUGUAAGGUACCGUCCAAGUUUCUUAUACUGGAGCCUAGACAUAAGACACGAAGCUCAGUCUCACGCCACCCAGUAGCAAUAUAAAGCACUAAUAACAAAAAGGCAUUUCAUUUCGUAGCCUGACCAGUGAAAACAAGCUCUCUGGGGGGGGGGAAAUCUGGGGACGGGGGAGAAACCCAAAUCUUUACUAUUUCUCCUUUGUUUCUUCCCCGUCCCCAGACUCCUCCAGAGACUGCUUUCUCGCAGGUUAUAAAUUUCUAACCUAAGUUGACUUUAUCAAACCUGAUUACCGUAAAUGUCCUAAUAAACGUCCACUUCCAAAUAAACGCCUCUUAUCUAACAGAUGGCCCUUAACUAGUAGGGAUUACCAAAAUGGAGCAAAAUCACUCAGUUCAUUCAGCUUCUUGCUUGAUUAACAAGGCUUUGCCUAUUUCAUCUUGCUCAUUGUCAAGUUCAAAGUAAGGAUAGACUAACGACGAGGAUCAGUUCUGUCAUCGAUGUUGGGAUUUGAAAGAGCGAUGUGGAUCUCUAGACGGCCUAAACGUGUUACUUGAUGGAGUGGAUAUUCCGCUAUUUUUAAACUCUCUUGAUAUUUUGGUUUUGUUGAGCUUAAUUAUUACCGUAAUGAGAAUAAACGCCUCCUAUCUAUUAAACUCCCCCACUUGGACCCCGAAAAUUAAAUAGACGCCUAGGACGUUUAUUAGGUCAUUUACUUAUAAUUUUCUAUCGAGAUAAAAAUCUCAUGAUAUCUUAACUUUGAGACAAUAAAUAAGAGAAAAAUUAAAGUAAACAAUACAUUAUUAACCCGAAAUUAUAUAGGAUAAUGAAAACUGUAUUUAUAUAGGAACGCACUGGAUAUAUCGACGUCUAUUGAUGAGAGCGGAGGACUCCUGUGGCACUUAUGCUUGGUGUUACUGUUGUCUUGGGUUGUUGUUUUCAUUUGCAUGAUGAGAGGUGUAGAAUCAGCCGGAAAGGUGAAUACAGUAAAAAUACAAACUAUCAAUGAUAGGCUUAUAUUGUCCUAAUCAUUACCCACCAUUAUUAUUGUUCUUUCAUUACCCACCCAGGCCUUCAUUACUCACCCAGUCCUUCAUUACCCACCCACGCCUUCAGUACCCACCCACCCCUUCAUUACUCACCUAGUCCUCCAUUAACCACCCAGGCCUUCAUUACCCAUCCAGUCCUUCAUUACCCACCCAGUCCUUCAUUACCCAUCCAGUCCUUCAUUACACACCUAGUCCUUCAUUACCCAUCCAGUCCUUCAUUACACACCCAGGGCUUCAUUAUUUUCCCAGCCCUUCAUUACCCACUCAGCCCACCGUUAUUCUCCCAGGCCGUCAUUACCCAUCCAGUCCUCCAUUACCCACCCAGUCCUUCAUUACCCACCCAGGCCUUCAUUACCCACCCAGUCCUUCAUUACCCAUUCAGUCCUUCAUUACCCACCUAGGCCUUCAUUACCCAUCCAGUCCUUCAUUACCCAUCCAGUCCUUCAUUACCCAUCCAGUCCUUCAUUAACCACCCAGUCCUUCAUUACCCAUCCAGUCCCUCAUUACCCAUCCAGUCCUUCAUUACCCACCUAGGCCUUCAUUAUUUUCCCACCCCUUCAUUACCCACUCAGCCGUUUAUUAUUCUCCCAGCCCCCCAUACUUCACCCAGCCGUUCAUUAUUCACCAAGGCCUUCAUUGUUUUUCCAGCCUGUCAUUAUUUUCCAGCCCUUCAUUACCAUCUCAGGCCUUCAUUAUUUUCCUGGCCCUUUAUUAUUCUCCCAGGCCUUCAUUAUUCACCCAGUACUUCAUUAUUCUCCCAGGCUUUCAUUACCCAACCACCGAGCCCUUCAUUCCGCGCCAGCCUUUUAUUACAUUACCCCCCUUCCCCCCCCCCCCCCCCCCACCCUUAGAUUACCCACCCAGCCCUUGCCGGGAAAGGUUGUCCAUUCCACUAGGGACUACUAUCGGGCAAUAAUUUUCCUUUUCAUUUUUCUCUCUCCUUUUUUUAUUGCAGGCUGUGUAUUUUACCGCUACCUUUCCAUACAUUGUGUUGAUCAUUUUCUUUGGUCGUGGUAUCAGUUUACCAGGAGCUGCUGAUGGUAUCAAACACAUGUUUACACCACAGGUAACCUGAACCCGGUGAUCCUUGACACCUCUUCUCAGCUUACAGCUGUACCUUGCCCGUCCUACCGUACCCUCCCUUUCCUAAUCUAACUUCCCACUGGUGAUGAGACGAAACAUUCACAGAUUUAUUUGGUACCAACCCGUUAUUAUAUGCGCGUAACAUUCAUGGAAUUUGCUUGUAUGUAUAGGCGUAAAUAAAUAGUGUUCAAGUAAUCUACGCGUUGUUUUCGUUCAGUAAAUGUAGUUCCUUGGUUUCCAGUGUGCUUGAAAGUAAGUAGGUAAACAUUAAUUGCUGCAAAUGCUGAAACAUGUUAGUUUCUGGUAUCUCAGUCUCUCUUUGACUAUCAAGGACAUACCCAUCUGUUGAGUAAGUACUUAUUACACUGCAGCGAGUGGCGCGAAAGACCUGACAAGGUUCGGUUUAAAUAUGUUAACAGAUCAAUUAGGCAAGUUACGAGUUGUCCAAGCCUUUUUCUCAAAGGGACGCUAAGCGCAAAACUAUUGAUAUUAGGAUAAUCUUAAAUCCCCAAAAGUUCUUCACUGAAUAGAUUUUUUGAUACUACAAUACGGCAUAAUAGAGUGAGACUAAUGAUUUGGUGAAAGUUGCUAAAUUAUUGUAAAUGAGGCAAACGAAGUACAUUUUACGAGCUAUUCAGCGCUUUUUGCGCUGUGAACUGUCGGCGAUUUCUUUGAGGGUUUUUUCGUGAGAGUGAGUUACCAAAAACAUUGAGAUGAGGCAAUGAAGCCGGUGUUGGAAAGCCGCAAACGAGCGACAGCAAUGUUUAGACUCAUUUCUCGAAAACUGGAAAACACACUGCAAUCAGCUUUUCGGCGAUUGUACCGAUUGGUAUUUUUUGUUAGACAAAAUCUGUUGUGGUAUUCUUAUAAUGGCUAGUUCCAUCUGAACUGAACGAGCUUAGAGAAGCCUUAUUAUAACAUUAUAUAAACACCAAUGAAAUACCAGGUGAGCUUUCGCGCGAAAACUUGAUAUCUUCACAUGUAAAAAUAACAUGUUUUUUUCACAUGUGAAAAUAUCACCUUUGCUAUGGCUACAUAAUAAAUCGCGCCUUUCACACCAAAAAACUAUUAAAGUGAAAUGGUUUGGUCUUUCAUUGGUGUUUUUAUAAUAAAUAGAACAUUACGUGGCCGCUUGGAGAUACGAAAUUUUUCUUCUCGUGCUGAAAAAAUAUUUCACUCGUUCGCUGCCCUCAUUCGUGAAAUACUUUUCAACACUCGAAGAGAAGUUUCGUAUCUCCGCGCGGCCAUGUAAAAUCCUCUAUGUAUCCUCCAUCUCCAUCACUUCCCUACCCACUUGCAUGAAUCCAGCAAUCCGUCCCCCCCCCCCAAUUAAAAAACUGCCGCACGAGCACUGUUUUGUCAAGUAUAUUGGUUAACACAUUCUUUUCUACUUGCUCAGUUUGAAAAGCUGGCUGAUCCCCAAGUUUGGCUGGAAGCAGCCACGCAGAUCUUUUAUUCACUGGGAGUUGCCUUUGGAGGACUGAUUGCGAUGUCCAGCUACAAUAACGUGCAUAAUAAUUGUAUGAGGGAUGCUAUUAUGGUCUCCACUAUCAACUGUGGCACAUCUAUAUUUGCUACUGUUGUCAUUUUUUCUAUUCUUGGAUUUAAGGUAGAUCUCAUUUUUAAUUUCAUUCCUUUAAUUAUCACUGAUACUGGCUUUUUGCUUUCACUCCUAUCCAUAGGCGAUUCAUCCUCUAGUUCUGGACCUGCCUCUAAUGGAAAUUUUAGUCGUUCUUUCUCAGUGUAAUUAUGUCUUUGGUCUUUAUGUAUUUAAACUAUCCAAUACCUUAAAAAAACUGAAUUGAUAAUGAUUUCUAUUAUUAUUGUUAUUAUUUGAAUGUUAGGCUCAUCACUCUUUUCACGAAUGUUUGGAUUUGUUUGGAGGAGCAAACAGCACGGAAGUGACAAAACACUGCAAGGAUCUGGAAUUUUGGCUUUCAGAGGUGUGAAAUUAAAAAUAUUUAGGAAAUUACGAGAAUAAAGGCAAAUAGGCUUUUUAACGUUUGUAUUGUCACAGAACCCAAUGACAUUCUUAGUCCCUGAGGUAAACAGCACUGUGAUGGACUGACACACUACAAAGGCUAAGCUUUAGUAACUCUUUCUUAGUCGAGCAACUUCAAGACCCUCUUCAGCUUUCUGGCAUGCACGUAUACAGUGCAUUCAAAGAAAAUUUCAAAAUGAACUUCAUCAAUAUGAAUCGCGACGUUACGCUUACUAAGUUACCAAACAUUGAUUUUCAUUGUAUCAGGACCUUUCAAUAUCGUAAUCAGGGCAACCGCUUUUAUAGACUUUACAAACCCAGAAAGGUGUUCCCCACCGAAUUGUUCAGUGUUCUUAUUCUUUUAAUUUGUUUUUCUUGUCUGUAGUCUGCCCAAGGCCCUGGCCUGACAUUCAUUGCCUUCACUGAAGCUAUAGUUAAGAUGCCUGUUUCUCCCUUAUGGGCAGUAUUGUUCUUUGCUAUGUUACUUACGCUUGGUCUUGGCAGUAUGUUUGGAACCCUGGAAGGAGUGCUUACUCCCUUAUUUGACUUGAAGAUUGUGCCUUGGAGAAAGGAGAUCCUAACCGGUGAGCUGAAAUACGAUUAGACCCCAUACUAGCCUCCGAAAGAUGGUCAAAAAAGACAUUUGUUAGGACUGGCCCGCCAAACCAGACUAUAGAAUUAGAAUUCCACUAUUAAACUGGGUUAUCUCGGCAGAUCAGUCUAUCCCUAAUUAUAGUACGACAGUGGUGGCUAUUAGCGAAAAGUUCGAGAACAGAGUAAUGUUCCAUUAUUUAUUUGACAGUUUUAACUUUUGUUAAGUACCCAAAGUUACACCUAUCACUUUGAUUCCCAGCGACGCGUAUAUAAGUAAUAACAAUAUCGGGCCGUUUAAGACAGAGGAACGCAUGACCAGGCCCCGGCGAUGAGGUAUGUGUAAAAGGCUUUUUAAAGAUUUCGUUGUCGUUUCAGUUUAAAAGUUAACAAGAAGUAUACAUCCAUAUAAGGAUAUUUUGUUCUUAGAGAGUAAAGCGGUAACCAGGUGAAAUAUAACGAUAUUCGAUAUAACUCAAAUGACUGGCGUAUAUCCGUUACCUGCGACACAGACACGGAUGGAACUUAACUAACCCAGGUUAAAUUACGUCUGCCACGCAGGCUUUCGUAACUCGCUAAUACUGACCAAACUUGGAGGCAUGCGUCAUUCGUUAAAUUAUUUGCGAGCGACAAGAGGAGCCCCCAAUCCUAAUCUCCAGGUUUUUAUUACGCAUGCGUCGCAUGUAUGUAACCAGCAUUCGUUUGGAUUUCCCCUACGAAUGAAUGGAAUGCACAGAAUGCAAUUUGAUCACACGUGUUUAGACCAUCUGUCACGUGAAAUCUACGCAAAGCACAGCGUUGGAGCAAAGGCGUUUGACCUUCGAUCCUUGUCGCUAGCACUCCGUAACCUUAGAUUAUUACUGCAGGGUAGUCUGUAACAUUAGUUGAGAAGUUUUACGGCAUUCGUCCUAUUGCUUUCUAAGUUUCGUCACACGAAAGCAUAUUUAAUUAUCUAUGUUGUGUCGUUCAAACCAAGUAACCAGGUUCUUAUAGUAUGUGUAUCGGAAAUUUACAUUGCGACAUUUUGUGCACUCGACUCAAUAUAGCUAACUAGCAUUUUAAAACUUAUGGAAUCCUAAAUUCAUUACACUCUCUCUAACACUAGCCAUAUUUUUGAAAUAUUUAAAAGUGAGUGGUCUGCUUAUCCAGAAGGGCAAACGUUUUUCAUCAGGUGUGGUGUGCGCCGUCAGUUUCCUGAUUGGGUUGCUGUUCUGUCAGAAGUCUGGGGAGUACUGGUUACAGAUGUUUGAUACAUUCAGUGGUACCAUUCCCCUUCUGUUCCUCAAUCUUUUUGAACUGAUCGCAGUACAGUUUAUAUAUGGUACAUCAAAGUAAGUAUGAAAAGCCACUCUACGUCCUAGUCACUGCAUUUCUCCAAAGAGCAAUUGCCAGUAAACGCUUUUUAAAGCACGCCCCUUCGUUUUUCAGAGAAAAAAAACCUUAUAUUUUUCAUCUUUGCAAAAGAUGGGAUCUCGAUCGAAAAAUUACUAAACUACAUUAAGGUUUGUGAAGUUCAUGUAUGAAUGUAUGAAAAUCAUAUGUGAGAACUGCGGGGUAAAGAAUUGCAUGAUAGAGGAUCAACGCAGUUAUAGACACAACUUUUGCAGUUCUGAAAAAAAAUUCAGGCUCGUACGGGUUCGAACCCUUGACAUCUGGGAAACCUGUGCAGCGCUCCAUUAAUUAAGCUAACAAGCCGAAAGGGAGAAGCUCGUUGAAUUGGUUCGUUAUAAACCCGUGAAAGGAUGAUGAUGAAAUUAUGAUUGUAUGAACUUUUUUCAGGCUUUCUUUUAGCGAUUGCAAAAGUUGUGUCUACAACUGCGAUGAUCUUCUUUCAUAUAAUUAGUAAGGUUUGUGUUGGCACUGGCUCCACAGCCUGAGAGAGCGCAAGUAAUCUCAUUCAAUACAGUGAAGUUCAAUAAGAUGUCAAUUUACCGUUACGAAACUGUAAUUCCUACUGUUUUCCUUAAAUCCUUUCAUUAGUUUUCUUAAGUUUCUAUUUAACUAUUUAAAUGUGUUUUAAAUUAGAUCCGAUUGGAAAAUGAAAUCCAUUACUAAAGUUUUCGCGGCCCCAAUUGUCGUUUCCAUAGCCGGCUCACAGAGACAGUUACAAGAUAAGAACUGCAAAGGAAAAUGUAAGUGUUAUUCGUAAUGUCUUUUUAUCCGUGGCAGAUUUGAGGAUGACAUCGAGUACAUGUUAGGGAGUCGUCCCGGUCUGUAUUGGAAGAUUACCUGGCGAUAUGUGUCUCCUGUACUUGUGUUUGGCAUUUUAGUAGCAAGUCUUAUCAACAUGGGACUAAAGCCCAUUGUUUACUCAGCCUGGCAUCCUGAGAUGGCAAGUUUGUUUGUUUGCUUUUUUUAACUUAGUUUUGUUCCGUGGAAAUUCUUAACUUAUGUUUAAACAGCGGAAAUGUCUCUAAAAGCAAGAACUUUGCCAACCAUCAGGGCAAUUCAUGCGCUGUUAAUUAGUUUUCUAUUACCAAGCCAUAUAACUACUACCGAGCUCACUGGUCAAGCCACCUUAAAACGGAAAUUGUUGUCAAAAAACUUAAUAAUUUUCCGUCUGUAGAAAAUAUGAAGAUACUUAAUAAAACUUACGAUUGCGAAUGACCUUUCCUUGCCAGGGAUUGUAAACAGGUAGUCCCUGAAGAUGAGGUGACUGGUGGUAGAUAUAUGUCGAGACGCUACUAUGCCCCCGGCCAGGCUUAGGUGAACUUUCCACCCGAGCCUCGACCUCAUUUCUUUACGCUUGUUCACUGAAGCGGAAUGCGCGCCGAGCAGGUCUGUUGGACAAAAAAGGAAAAGCGGAAAAGCUUCUUUUGUUAAUAAAAGCCGCCCCAAAUUCCCGUCCCAAAACACUGAAUAGCCAGUGAUAUUCCGAGUUACGGGAGCCAAUCAAAGCGCGGAAAAUAGCUAUCCACUAAUUUGGUAAAGUACAAUUUAUUAUAAAGACAAGUAGCUGUGUUCUUUUAGAAGGAAUCAACUACUUAUUUAUUUGGCAACUGGCUCGGCUACGUUGAAAUGCGCUAGGCUGCGCAAGAAGUUAGGCUUAGUUGAUAUGCACAAUGCGAAACUGAUAGAUCACCUUAAAAAUCUUUUGACCAAUUCGUCAUUUCAUUAACAGGCUGAUGUCAUUGCCGUCCAGUAUCCCGCUUGGGGAUAUUUUGUCAUCGUUCUUUUGAUAGUGGCAUCUACGUGCUUUGUUCCUGUUGUAUUUGUGCUGCGAAGGUUUGGAUUUACCACCUACCAAAAAAGCGCACCUAAACCAGGCGAAGAUGACGUCAUAGCACCAGGGGCUCUGACACCUCAGCUGUCACGUGUUGCGCUGAAUUUGACCGAGGAACCUUUGGCCGGUACAGAGGACGACUCAGAGUCAACUAAUUUCUAA